AUGCCUGUUACUGAAAUCGCCUGCCUCCGUCUCAAAAACACCCUCCCCCUGACCGACCCCUCCAACGAGACCUUCUACACAAGACUCCAGGAUGGCAUCAAAGCUCAAGCCGAGUACACAAACGCCCGUACACACAUCCUCACCCAGCUCGAAGACCCUAGCUACUUCUACAUCCUAGGCCGAUGGGAGUCUCUUUCGCAGCACGUGGAGGAGUGGAUCCCCGCCCCCAAGAACCAGGAUAUCAUGGCUGGAUUAGCGGAGGGGAUUGAGUUGGUUUGGAUCCAGCAUUUGGAUCUUGAUCCGAACCCAUCUGCGGCUGAGGAUGGGUAUGUGAUUCCGUAUAAUGCGGCUGUUACUGGAAUUGGGCGCUGCUUUAUUUCACCUGGUUGUAAGGAUGGGUUUGACAAGACUUUUGCGGCAACGAGACAUUAUGUGAAGGACUUUAAGGGGCCUAGAGAGGCUGUUGGUGCGUGGAGGGUUGAUCGCGAGGUUGAUGAGCAGGGUAACCCAAAGGAUGAGUUUGUUUACUUUUCUGGCUGGGCGAACAUCCAUGAGCAUGAGGAAUUUAGAGAAAGCGAGGGGUUCAAGGAGUUUGGGAAGCUCAAGCAGUAUAUUGAGACUAUGCAUGUCAAGCAUGCCAAGUGGGAGUUCACGGCCUGA